AUGAUUAAUUGUCAAAGUAUAAAUAUUCAACUUACACUAUUUCAGGUUCAAAAUUUGAACGGGUCUCUUUCAACUACUAAUGACCCUAUUCAAGUUGAACAACCAGAACCAGCAACAUCAACAUUCAAUGAUUCGUUUCUUGAUUCAUUAACUGAUCUUGAAACAUCAAUUGAAUUACCAUUUGAUAUACUCGAUGGUUUUAGUGAUGAAUUAAACUUAGAAAAUUUUAUUGACACUAUUUGGUCCGAUACAACAGACUCACUCGACCAAGUUGAUUCUAUUGAUAAAUUAUUAGCACAAGACAUUGCAUCAUAUGAUAUUGAAAAUAUGAUAACAUUACAACAUAAUACUGAAAAUGAUCAACAACAACGAUGUUCAAACGAUUCUGAGGUACCAUCAAUGAUAGAUGCUACAUCACUAAUAGACAGUCAUCACUCAAUAACUCAAUCAUCCGUAUACGAUGAUAAUUCGAUGGAAAGUAGUAAUACAGUGGAAGAAAACGUAGAUGGAGGAAUAAAAAAACUAGCUCGAUUUGGUAAUACUGAAGUAGUGAAAUAUAGCAAUGAAUAUCAUCAUAGACGCGUGAAAAAUAAUGAAGCGGUCAAAAAAUGUAGAAAAAAAGCAAAAGAAAAACAAAAAGUUACAGAAAAUAAAUUAACUAAAUUAGCUGAUGAUAAUCGAAAAUUACAUGAACGUAUUGAUUUAUUAUUGAAAGAAUUACAAGUAAUGAAAUCAGUGUACAAACAACUUACUUAA